AUGGAUACCGAGACAUCACCAUAUCUAGACAGCCUCCAAAACGACGGCUUCGUCAUCAUCCCAUCUCUCCUACACCCCUCAGAAAUCAACACUCUUCGUGAAGCAGCAACAAAAGCCACAGCUCUCACAAGAUCCGGUCAAUGGCCUUUUUUCCGUACAGUACCUAAACAGUUUCCACCUUGGCCGAAAGAUGUCCCUCCUGCUUCUGAGGGCGGAAUAUGGGGUGUGCAACAUUUACUGCACCCGGAUAUGACUGGCCGCAACGAGUUUGCGAAACUCUAUUUCUCGGAGAAGGUGCUCGGUAUAGUCGAGGAGUUGCUAGGCGUGAAAUACACGGGAAAAGAGGAAGAGGAAGAAGAAGAGACCCUAGUGAUGGAACUCCUCAACCUCCUCGUCGCCCCGGAACGAAAAGACUUUGAACUUCGCUGGCACCGCGACGACAUCCCUUCCACAGUCACCCCCGACGAAGAAAUAAGACUCCUUGAAUCCAAAAGUCCUCAAGGUCGUCAAUCACAUGCCCAGUACAAUCUGGCUUUAUGUCCCGAUACGUCACUAAUAGUCAUCCCGGGUUCCCAUCGACGAAUACGAACAGAAACAGAGCAAAACGCUGAUCCGUAUGAAGCGUACUUACCGGGUCAGAUAACCGUAAAACUUGAGCCGGGCGAUGCGGUGUUCUACGAUUCGAAUAUCUUGCAUAGAGGCGUGUAUAAACCGAAGCCUGAAGGUGGGAAGGAAACGAGGCUCACGUUGCAUGGCAGUGUUGGUUUGAAAGAAAACACCAGCGCGACAGAUGGAGAUGACAAAUCUGCGGACAGGGCGAAAGUUAGGGCUACUGCUGUUUUACAGCAUAGUGUCGGAAUGUGGAUUGACAGGGAUGAUGCGGAUUUGUCGUAUAUAAGUGAGCGAGCGGAGAGGAUGAGGAGGAAUCUAAUUGCUAUGGGGCGAGGGGAGGAUGUAGGAUAUUCCUUGGAAGGGUGA